UUUUUGUUUAGUGUCGAGCUGGUUUUGUUUCCUUCACUUUCUCUCUCUCUCUCGCUCAAAUUCUCACUACUUCCAGCGUGAUCACAUUAUGCAUAGAGCAUUAUCCAAUGGAUAUAUUAGUAGGUCAUGCGCGCAAACGCUCACAUGUAUACAUACCGACAGUUAUACUAACACGUAAACACUUCAAAACCAUGAUAUCCGCAAUUCAGCUAUGUAUCAUGCACAUAUGUGUGUACGUUAUAUAAAAGCCAUCUUAGAAAUCAAAAGCCACAGUAUGACAAUUUAUCAUCAUAAUCGUCAUUAGUACGCAAAUCAAAAAUUUACCUGUUAAAGUUUCACUUCUGCGUACAGUCAAUAGGUGAACCAGAUAUCAGACAUUCUUAUUUUACGCACCAUUUGCGUCUACAUACAAAAUUUGCAAAUUAGUUAACCACUAUUAACUCUGAACAAUUUAAAUUUCAAUUUCCUCAUCGUUUACUUUCUUUGUUGCCCCACAUAUUCCAAAGGAAAACGACAUUUAUCACAUCAUAGUAAAAUUAAUUUAUUCAAACCAAUUAAGGAAUUUAAUACAUCCCACAGAAUAUAAAAAUGUCAGAUAUUCUCCUGGCUGAAUAUACACUGAAGCGUGCUCUGCGUGAGCAUACAACAGAUUUGGCACCAACAAGCAAUCCACACUUAUUAUGCACACCAUUACCUAAACACUGGCGAUCUAACAAAUCAUUGCCUAGUCAGUUUCGUGUAGUUAGUUUAAUUCCGGUACCGGAUGGUACACGUGUAACAGUGACUGCAGGCAAUGAAGAACGACCAUGUGCUGAAUUAAAAAAUCCAGUUACAGUAAUGCAUGGACAUGAGGCGAGAUUCAGUGAUCUGCGAUUUCUUGGUCGAAGUGGUCGUGAUGUGUAG